AUUCAAUUCAAAACACAAAACACCGAGAAGUUGGAUAUUUUGGGAUUCGGGAUUUAGAAGAAAUUCAGCAACUGAGAAGUUAAACAAGCGUGACACGCAGCCGUUUCACCGAAAUUCACGCGAUAUUUUAUCGCUUACUUGGACGUGUAUAAUGGAGGUGGACAGAUCGAUACUCCUGCAAAAGCAGGUCCGUGACAAUUCUUCCGAUCUGCAAAGCGAAUUUUUUGACAUGAAAAACUGGGAAGAACAAAUGAAGCGCAAAGACUCCGAGCUUUUGCAUGCGUCGGGAGAUCAGGUACUUCCACCAAUUAGAAGCCGUAAAAAGAGUGCUGCCAAACAAGUUCAGCCAAAAAGAACAGAGAAUGAAGCAAACCGAAAACGAAUCAAGUCGUCAGAUUACGCUUCGUGGGAUAAAUUUGAUGUGGACAAAGCCUGUGAAGAAUUGGAUAGGCAGGAUGAACACGAAUCAUCAGACGAGGAAUUGUCCAAAGAAGAACUUGAAAAAAAUCACAAUCAAGCAUUAGCUCAUAAAGAGAAAGGAAAUGCUUUUGUCAAAAAACAAGAGUGGAGCCAAGCGGUUCAGUCUUACGACGAGGCAAUUAAAGUAUUUCCCUAUGAUGCUGUGUUCUACGCUAAUCGAGCACUCUGCCAUCUCAAGAUGGACAAUUUAUAUUCGGCAGAAGCUGAUUGCACAGCAGCUAUUCAGCUUGAUGAACUUUAUAUAAAAGCCUAUCACCGACGAGCCACAGCGAGAAAAGAACUCAAGCAAUAUAAAGAGGCAAUGGAGGAUUUAGAAAAAGUGUUGAAACUGGAUCCCACAAACAAGGAUGCUAGCAAAAUGUUGACACUAGUGGAAAAAAAAAUUGAAAGCUCAAAGCCCUUAGUUGUAUCACAAUCUGACCUUAUUGAUGAUACACCAAUUGAAAAGAAAAUUGGGGAAAAACUAUGUGGUGGUCCUGUUAAAAAGUCUGAGAAUAUAGAAGGCAAGCCUUCAGUGGUUCCAAAACCAAAAAUUCCUUGUUGGUCAUUGGGAGAGGGAGAAGAUGUCGCUAUUAUACAACCGGUCACAAAACCUCCUCAUCAGAGAUCUAAAAAACCACUGCGAAGAAUAGAAGUUAAAGAAACCGAAUUCAAGAAAAGCAAUAUAGAAGGUACCGUUGAAAAAAUAGAAUCAUUCACGAGUGAAGUGAUUCCUGAGCAAGAGGUUGAGCGCGAUAAAGUCAAACCAACAAACCCAGAGCCUGUUGGAUUACCACCUGUGCCAAGAACUACUGUACAAUUUUUUAUGAAUUGGAAAAAAAAUAAGGACCCGGAAUUUCGCUUUAUGUACUUGGAGCAAAUGCCUGUCGAUACGAUACACAAGUUAUUUAAAGACUCUAUGGAACCGGAUACAUUCAGUGAGAUAUUAACAAUUCUGUCAACCGAAUUUAUAAACAGAAAAAAGCCACUAUUUCGAUAUCUAGAAGACCUUGCACAGGUAAAGCGAUUCGGGGCUCUAACUAUGUUCAUGUCUACUGCUGACAAAAAUGCGUUGAAAACGAUAUUCAAAUACUGUGAAGUGUCUGAAAAUAAAUCGCAAGAUGAAGUUGCAUCUCUACAAAAGAAGUAUGAAAUUUAAAGAGAACCAAGUCAUUCCAUAUGCUUGAUUCGACGCAGCAGCUAGCUUAUAAGGUGCUAAAUUGACGGUAAAAUAGCUACUAUAGUUGACGAUUUCACUUAAAUUUAAGAAAAUAGAAUUUAACAGUUUUGUGUUUGUAAAUUUUUACAUCUUGAGAUAUCAUAUUCCAGGAGCUUGUGAGAAUUGAUUCAUUAUCUGUUCCUAACAAAAUAAAAAGAUUGAAUUUUCUGAUUCAAGAUUCUACUGUUCAGCCCGACUAUUGAUAACGAACCUGAUUGCGCAGAUCUUCAAUAUUCAA